CUGAACGUAGCAGUUUUCUAUAAUUCAAAGAUGUUUAAUUUUUAUUGUUUUAUUAUUUAUUUGCAACCGCAUGAUUUGAGACACGAUUCAAAACAACCAAUCACGGUUAGGACCUGAAACCACCAUUUAAAUAGCGGAAAAUCUCGGCGUCAGUCCACGUUUGACUUGCAGCGUUAGUGGUGAUGUGAAUCCGUAGUGUUUGUAUUUGUAGCAUUUUAGUUGAUUUUUUAUAUUUUAAAUUUAUGUUCAACAUGAGUAGUGAAAUAAACUCGCCGUUGUUACCCGAGGAAAUGCAAACCAACGAAAAAUUAUCCACAAAAAAGCAACUAGCGAAAAAAGAACAAUAUCCGGUCUGUCCAUCACCACCACCGAAACCGAGAAAAAUGACAAGUAGGGAAACAAAUUUAAAACCCAUUGCAAUUAGUUUCUCCAGACCAACUGCCUUAAGCCCACUGUUUGAUCCGAAAAAUGCAACAUCUUACAUGGAUCAAGUGUUCACGUCAUACGGCUAUUUGGGUGAAGGAAGCUUUGGCAAAGUAUUCCAAGUAAGAAGCCGAGAAGAUCGCCAGUUGUAUGCCAUAAAAACCAUAAAGGCGAAUGUAUGUUCCAAAGAUCGUUAUGCUGAAGUGAACAACAACGAAAUUGUUGGUGUACACCCCAAUUGUGUUCAAUUUUUUAUGGCAUGGGAAGAAAACACUGACAUGUACAUGCUUCUUGAACAUUGUGAUAUGUCUUUAGCUGAUUAUUCUAAAGAAAACAGCAAUAUUCCCGAAGAAAUGCUGUUCAACAUGUUGUAUGAUAUAUGUAAAGCAUUAGAAUUUUUGCACAACAAAAACUUGCUGCAUUUAGACGUGAAACCAGGGAAUAUCUUGUUAAAAGAUGGUUUUUUUAAGCUUGCAGAUUUUGGUCUGCUGGUGGAUAUGAAAAGUGAUAACCGUGUUUCUAAGUCAACUCUGUCAGAUGGCGAUUCCAAAUACUUAGCAUUAGAAGUAUUAGAUGGUAUAUACACUCCAGCCUGUGAUAUUUUUGGUUUAGGUAUGACUCUUUUUGAACUUUCUACAGAUUUAGAAUUACCUGAUCAUGGUCCCUUGUGGCACCGCCUUCGACAUAAUGUAUUCCCGAAUGAAUUGUAUGAAACAGUGAGUCUGGAAUUAAGAAUGAUCAUACUGAAAAUGACGGAUUCAGAUUACAAAAACAGACCCACAGCUGCAAAAAUUCUUUCAUUUGCUACUGUUAAAGAUAUUGAAAAACGCGACGGCAACUUAAGCAGAACUAAUUUUGCAAUCCCUUAUUUGAAGGAAAAGAAAAUUUUGCAGACUGAGUUACCAUUUUCUUCUUCAAUCUCAACAAUACAAAAUAACAAUAGUCAACUAUGCAGACAAGAAACUUCAGAUUAUGGCAGUAUGGUUGCUUCAACAUCCAGAGCGCCUGGCAGAAAAUCCCUUUUCCGAGAUUGUGGGAAUAGUUCUUCAACCUUUAUGGGAUUAUCGGAUGACUUAUGUGACUUAGCGCUAAUAGCAUCUGAUUCGCAAACUGUGGAUGAUUCGGGUACCGAAGUUGCCAAUGAAAAUUUUGACGCGCAAGGUACUAGUUCAAUGACAACUUCUACACCUAUUUUAAAAAGUCGUCAGCUUAAAAAAUUGCCGAAAGCACGUUUAAAUUUCGAAUAAACUCUCAGCUCUAUGCUUAACUUAGUACUUAACUUUGAUUUUCAACAGUAUGACUUUUAAAAGACUGUUUUUUAAAUAAAAAAUAUUUAUUCUUGCUUACAUUCUUGGUCUCGUCUUCCAAUAAUUACUUAUAAGGGAAAAUUGUUUUAUAAAAACUAUUUAUUUGUAUUCUGUUAGUUGUAUGUGUAAUUAGCUGGUAGUAGUUAGUUGUUGCCAUGUGCAAUUGAUUACAAGAGCAAAGGUUCUAAAAAUGAAAAUAUCAAUAAAAAUCUAAAUCAAAUCUUAGGUUUUUAGGAAGAAAUACUCAUUAUAAAACAAAAAGAUGUUAUUUCCUGUCCAGGUUUUUAAAUUUCUUCAAAUUUCAUUCAUUGUAUGUUUUGUAUAGGAUAACAGUAAGUUUUGCAAUAUAUAAAGGUGCUUCUUGUUCCUAUAGGUAACUGCUAAAUGUGAUGCAAUUAGGUGACUUUGUUGCCAAUUUAUUUGCAUAUUAACCGCCACAUGUUUAUGGUUUCGUACUGAUAUGUUAAGCCGCUGAUGCGGCAAUGAUUUUCUGAUUGAAAGUGUAUUAACUGAAAAACACUUCUUGCUCACUGUGGUGGACUUUGUGAUUUAGUUUAGUCAUUAAUCGUCAAGAGUUUAUUUGUGUUAUAUUU